AUGGAAAUCAAUUGUGAACAUCAUCAAAUAUUACUUGAACUUAUUCGACAAGUACCAGACUUAAAGGAUGAAUUACAACCACUUAUACAAACAGAUAAAUGGUCUUUAGAUAAACGUCAUUCAUUAAUAAAUUUACUUGUUCAACAUUUAUUACAUAGUGAUUCAUUAUCAUCAAAAUUUUGUGAACAAAUUCAAAAUAUAUUUCCUCGUUAUUUUAUUGCAUUUAUUCAUCGUCUUUAUACAGCAGUGAAUUUUUCAAAUAAAAUAACUAAUCAAAUAUCAAUUAAACAAAGAUUUCUUGUUUUACUUGCUCAAAUUUUACAAGAUUAUCCUUCAUUACAUACAAUAACUGAAAAUCAUCUUUUAUCAACAGAUACAUGUUUAAUUGAAUGGAAUGAAGAAAGUCCAAAAAAGAAAUUGAAAACAAAAGUUAAUAAUAUAAAUGAUCAUGUUUAUUUACUUGUUGCAACACUUCGUUUAUUAUUAUUAUCAAAUUCAAAAAUAAAUUUAGUUCAUUCAUGGAAAUGGAAUACACUUAUUCAUUUAUUACAAAAUACUGAUGAUGAUAAUGUCAAAUGGUUAGCAUUUCUUUGUCUAUCAAUCGUAUUUAAUAUGUCAUCGAAUCAACAAGAUUUAUAUCGACCUAAUGUAUCAAAUACAACGAUUUUCAAAAUCAAUGAUCUGAUUAAUUCAAAAUCGACUCUUCCACAUAGUAUAUCUACUUGUGAUAAUUUAUUUAUUGAUAAUGACUUUAAAAAACGUACUGUAUUUAUUAGUGGUAUUCCUUUAUCAAAAUAUAAUAUGGAUAAAAAAUUGAAUGAUAAUGAAACUCAAAUUGAAAUAAAAAUGACUUAUACACCAACAAUAGAUAAAUGUUUACGUGAAAUAGCAUUAAGUGUAACACUUGGUUGGACAACAUUAAUUUAUAGUUCAAUAAGUAAUGGAAAAACAUUGAUUGUUGAAUAUAUUGCUCAACAAAUUGGAAAACGUUUAAUUAAAAUUCAAUGUUCAGAUCAUAUGGAUAGUAAAGUUCUAUUAGGUACAUAUCAAUGUACAGAUAAACCUGGAGAAUUUAUUUGGACACCUGGUUUACUUGUUGAAGCAACAUCUGAAGGUCAUUGGUUAUUAAUGGAAGAUAUUGAUGCUGCUAGUUCAGAUGUAUUAUCAACAAUAAAAAGUUUAAUUGAAACAAAAUCUAUUGGAUAUGGAUCAAUUUCACCAGAUUUUCGUCUUUUUUUAACACAACGUGAUACGGGUGUACCGGUUCAAUCAAAUGAAUUAAUACAUUUAUUAAAAUGUGUAUUUUGUAUUGUUAUACCUUCAUAUACUGAUUCUGAAAUAAUUCAAAUAAUGGAAAAUCUUCCAAUAUGGAAUAAUGAUUUACAAUUAUUUCAAAUGAAAUUAUUUCAAUUGUAUCAAUCAUUACAAAAUACAAAAGGAUCAAUAAAUACACGUUUAGUUACUUUACGCGAUUUAUUAAAAUGUUGUCAUCGUUUAUCAAGUUUAUCAAUAUCACUUUCAGUUGAUAGACAAUUAGCAUUUUAUGAUGUAUUAGAUUGUUUUGCAUCAUUUUUACCAAAAUUAAAUCGUUUAGAAAUUAUUCAAUCUAUUGGAACAUUAUUUAAUAUGAAUAAUCAAGAAGCAGAAUUUUAUGCAUUAAAAUCUAUGUUAGAAUUUGAUGAUCGUGAUAGUCAAUAUUUUUCUAUUGGACAUGUUAAAUUAGAAAUACAAAAGAAAAAAAUUCAAUCAUUACAACAACAAUAUUGUUUUGCAAAAACUCGUACAGCUAUGUAUAUACUUGAACGUAUUGCACGAUGUGUUCAAAUGAAUGAACCUGUUUUACUUUGUGGUGAAACUGGUAAGAAUUUUAUUUUUAGUUUUAGAAAUUUUUAUUUUGUUUUUGAAGGUUGUGGAAAAACAACACUUGUUCAAUAUUUAGCUCAAAAAACAGGUAUUUAACAUAUUUCAAAUUUAAUAUAAAACUAUAGUGAAUAUUAUAUCGAAUGUUUCUUACGAUAAAAGGCAACUAUAAGAACUUUACUACAAAACAACAAGACUCAGAUAUUUAGAUUUAUUUAUUGUCUUGUUCAUUUGACAAACAAAAACACUUUACACUUUGUUUUGAAAAAAUUAAUGAAAAACUAAUAAUAAACGACUCAAUGCAUUGACAUCUUUUUUUGUGUACUCAAAAAGUGAGUACACUCUAGAAUCGGUCAGUGUGUCCGGCCGGUCGUCCGUCCGUGUGCACGAUAACUCUUCACAAUUACAUCCGAUUGAGCUGAAAUUUUGUGCACAGAAUUGUCUCAUCAAUAUCUCGGUCGAGUUCGAAG